GCCAGUAACAUCGGAAGUGGCCACUUUGUGGGAUUGGCAGGGACUGGAGCAGCUGCAGGCAUCGCCACUGGGGGUUUUGAGUGGAACGCCCUGGUUUUGGUGGUUGUGCUUGGUUGGGUGUUUGUUCCAAUUUACAUUAAAGCUGGAGUGGUGACAAUGCCCGAGUACCUGCGGAAGCGAUUUGGAGGCAAGCGGAUCCAGUGCUACCUCUCCGUUCUCUCCUUGUUGCUCUACAUUUUCACCAAGAUCUCGGCGGACAUCUUCUCUGGGGCCAUAUUCAUCAACAUGGCACUGGGCCUGGAUUUGUACCUGGCUAUCUUUCUGUUACUGGCAAUCACUGGCAUUUACACAAUCACUGGGGGCUUGGCGGCUGUGAUUUACACGGACACCUUACAGACGGGAAUCAUGCUGGUGGGAUCUUUUAUUCUAACCGGGUUUGCUUUUAAUGAAGUGGGAGGGUAUGAGGCCUUCAUGACAAAGUACAUGCAAGCCAUUCCAUCGGUGGUUACUGAGGGAAAUAUGACCAUCAAGGAAGAGUGCUACACCCCGAGGCCCGACUCAUUCCACAUCUUCCGAGAUCCACUCAAGGGAGACCUGCCCUGGCCUGGGCUCAUCUUUGGAAUGUCCAUCCUUGCUCUGUGGUACUGGUGCACAGAUCAGGUCAUUGUGCAGCGCUGCCUCUCAGCCAAAAACAUGUCUCACGUGAAGGCCGGCUGCAUCAUGUGUGGGUACCUGAAGCUGCUGCCCAUGUUCCUCAUGGUGAUGCCCGGGAUGAUCAGCCGCAUCCUGUACACAGAUAAAGUUGCCUGUGCCACCCCCUCGGAAUGUGAGAAGCACUGUAACACCAAAGUUGGCUGUACCAACAUUGCCUACCCCACCUUGGUGAUGGAGCUCAUGCCCAAUGGACUGCGAGGCCUCAUGUUGUCGGUCAUGUUGGCCUCUCUCAUGAGCUCCCUGACCUCCAUCUUCAACAGUGCCAGCACCCUCUUUACCAUGGACAUCUACACCAAGGUCCGGAAGGGAGCAUCUGAAAAGGAGCUCAUGAUUGCAGGAAGAGUGUUCAUCUUGGUGCUAAUUGGUGUCAGCAUUGCCUGGGUGCCCAUUGUGCAGUCAGCACAAAGCGGGCAGCUCUUCGAUUACAUCCAGUCCAUCACCAGUUACUUGGGACCUCCCAUUGCAGCUGUCUUCCUGCUUGCUAUUUUCUGUAAGAGAGUCAACGAGCAGGGAGCUUUCUGGGGGCUGAUCAUAGGAUUCCUGAUUGGAGUGUCCCGGAUGAUUGCUGAGUUUGCCUAUGGAACCGGAAGCUGCAUGAGUCCCAGCAACUGCCCCACAAUUAUCUGCGGUGUGCACUACCUGUACUUUGCCAUCAUCCUCUUUGUCAUUUCUAUCAUCAUCAUUUUGGUUGUCUCCCUCUUGACCAAGCCCAUUCCAGAUGAACAUCUCCACCGCCUGUGUUGGAGUCUGCGCAACAGCAAAGAGGAACGUAUUGACCUAGAUGCAGAAGAGGAAAACUUUCAAGAAACUCCAGAGGAGAUUGCUGAAAUAGAAACUAAAGUUCCUGAGAACAGAGGAUGCUGCAGGAAGGUCUAUGACAUGUUUUGUGGCCUGGAACAACAAAAGGGGCCCAAGAUGACAAAGGAAGAGGAGGAAGCCAUGAAGCAAAAGAUGACAGACACCUCUGAGAAGCCUUUGUGGCGAACAGUAGUGAACAUCAAUGGCAUCAUUCUGCUGGCUGUGGCCGUCUUCUGCCAUGCGUAUUUUGCCUGAGCCCUGUCUUCUCCUGCAGGCUGAACUCUUUACUCUGUCUCCUUUUAGUCUUUUCUGUGAUGUUCUAGGGAAACC